UCUCUCUCGCUCUCUCCUCCUCUUUCGUUCUCUCUCUCUCUCUCUCUCUCUCUCUCUCUCUCUCUCUCUCUCAUCUAUUCCAUUCCUGGGCUUUUCGUCUUUUGCUUCCCUCAAAUCUCAUCCUCCUCCCCCAACCCAUAACUCUGUUUUCAAAUCUCUCUAGCUUCCAUGACCCACCAAUCACUUUCUCCAUUCCCCUGCACCAUUAUUCCAAUCUUCAAAGUCUAAAACUUUUACCACCACCUAUUCUACCUCUAGUUUUUUUUCUUGUUCAAAGUCAGCAUUUUUGUCUAUUUAUAUUCUCUUUUUGUUGCUUGUGGCGAUUCUGCACGUCUUACUUAUCCGUCGGUUUGAUUGUACCUGAAAGGAUUGUGCUUUUCAGCUUUAUUGUAUUGCAAUUGCUUUUUUCAAUUCUGGGUCAUCGGUCGUUGGUCGUAUACAGUUUUGGAUUCGGGUCGUUUUCUUUGAGUUUACUUCGAUCGUUUUUGUUUUCUUUGAGUUUACUUUGAUCGUUUUAGAAUUGAAAAAAGGAAAAAAAGUGGUUGGUGAUGAGCUACUUGAGAUUUGGACGUUUGUUCUGCUUAUAGUAAUUUCAGAAUAUAAAACAAGGCAAAGCUGUUGUGCUAAACAAGACAUGGUGUUUUGGGUUGAAGAGACAAUUGGGUUGUUGUGUUUACCUGAUUAGGUUUCGAUUAGAUCAGAUUUCAUUCGGUUUUUCCUUUCCGUUCAAGGAAUAUGUUUGGUUGAGAUGGUCGUGUUCAUGGCAGAAACUGGAAGUCUGUAGGAUCAUGUUAUUCUAGGAUUGCUUGUGUGUUUAGAUUCUGUUUCGUUUUCCUUUUGUUUUUUCAGUUACUGUCUCGUAAUUGGAAAUUUCUGUUCUGCAUCCGGUGUCGGAAAUGGAUCCAAUGACUAGUGACAACAUUGAGGAGGUGAAUGUAGCAAAGAAGGUGGAUCACCACGAAGACGGUGAGAAUUCAAAAAUGAGGGGUAGCGGAAGUGUUAGUAGCAAAGAAAUGAUUUUCAGAGCAGAUAAAAUUGAUUUGAAAAACUUAGAUAUACAGCUUGAGAAGCAUUUGAGCAGGGUUUGGUCCAAAAUUGAGGACAAAAGGCCUAAAGAAGAGUGGGAGAUUGAUUUAGCUAAAUUGGAUAUAAGAUAUGUUGUAGCUCAAGGGACCUAUGGUACUGUAUACCGGGGUAUUUAUGAUGAUCAAGAUGUUGCAGUGAAGAUCUUGGACUGGGGGGAAGAUGGUUAUGCGACGGAUGCUGAAACUGCUGCUCUGCGGGCAUCAUUUCAAAAAGAAGUUGCUGUUUGGCACAAGCUUGACCAUCCUAAUGUUACAAGGUUCAUUGGCGCUUCAAUGGGAACUUCUAAUCUUAAAGUUCCUUCAAAAAACUCUUCAAUGGAUGGUCCAAAUUCUCAUCCUGCUAGAGCAUGUUGUGUUGUUGUGGAGUUUCUUGCUGGUGGGACUCUGAAACAAUAUUUGAUAAAAAACAGAAAAAAGAAACUUGCCUUGAAGGUUGUGAUCCAACUUGCUUUAGAUCUCUCAAGAGGUCUUAGCUAUCUGCAUUCCAAGAAAAUUGUGCACCGUGAUGUCAAAACAGAAAAUAUGUUGCUAGAUAUCGAUAGAAACUUAAAAAUAGCUGAUUUUGGUGUUGCUCGUGUUGAAGCUCAAAAUCCAAGGGACAUGACUGGUGAAACUGGCACCCUAGGAUACAUGGCCCCAGAGGUUCUGGAUGGUAAGCCAUAUAACAGAAGGUGUGAUGUCUACAGUUUUGGCAUAUGCUUAUGGGAAAUGUACUGCUGUGAUAUGCCUUACCCUGACCUUAGCUUUGCUGAUGUAUCAUCUGCUGUUGUUCGACAGAAUUUACGACCAGAAAUUCCAAGAUGUUGUCCUAGUUCUUUGGCUAGUGUCAUGCGGAAGUGCUGGGAUGGAAAUGCAAAUAAACGACCUGAAAUGGAUGAGGUGGUGAAAAUGUUGGAAGCGAUUGAUACAAGCAAAGGAGGUGGAAUGAUACCUGAAGACAAAAAUCCCGGCUGUUUCUGUUUUGCCCCAGCUCGCGGUCCUUGAUGUUGUUAUCCUUGGACCUUUCACCUAAAGAAAUUGAAUGGGUGUUGCUAUGCCAAAAAGAUGAUCGAAACAAAAGCAAAAAGAGAAGGAUGAUAAGUUUUUCUUUUUCUUAGUGUGACAAUCCCUCUCUUAAGAGAAGGUUCUAUUAAUUUUACAUCCAAACUGUUUAUGCAGCUUGUGUUUCCUGUGUGGUCUGUUUUGUUUGUGGACUUCAUGAAAUUGUCAAAGGUGCUGAUAGUCGAUAGAUUAAGGUGUUAAUGCUUCAGGGGAUAAG